AUGGAUGUGUGUCAAAAUGGAAGUGUCAAAAGCUUUGAGACAGCAGGUCAUAUGUUUGAAAUUGACUCUGAAAUUUUAAGAUUGUCUGACAGACCUAGACCCCUCAAUGUGGAGAGAAAUAGAUCUUUCGAGGAAAGAUCAUUUAGUGAAAAUUCCUUGCGCAUAAUAGACCAUCUCGAGAAUUCGUCUCCGGCAGGAAGGAGGUCUGGUUUUAAUACGCCAAGGUCAAGCAAUUUUGAGUCACACCCCAUGGUAGGUGACGCUUGGGAAUCGUUGAGGCGAACAUUGGUUUACUUCCGCAGCCAACCUGUCGGGACUAUUGCCGCAUUGGACCAUUCUGUCGAAGAACUCAACUAUGAUCAGGUCUUCGUCAGAGAUUUUGUACCGAGUGCUUUAGCUUUUCUGAUGAAUGGGGAGCAUGAAGUAGUCAAGAAUUUUCUCUUGAAAACCCUUCAUCUCCAGUCACGUGAGAAAAUGGUAGACCAGUUCAAGCUAGGAGCAGGAGUACUACCUGCAAGUUUUAAAGUGCUCCAUCGUCCUGAUAGGGAUAUUGAGACUUUAAUUGCUGACUUUGGUGAGAGUGCAAUUGGAAGGGUAGCUCCUGUUGAUUCUGGAUUUUGGUGGAUUAUAUUGCUUCGUGCAUAUACCAAGUCUACAGGAGACUCUUCCUUGGCCGAAAUGCCUGAAUGUCAAAGGGGUAUGCGCCUUAUCCUGAAUUUGUGUCUGUCAGAAGGCUUUGAUACAUUCCCAACUCUGCUCUGUGCCGAUGGGUGCUGUAUGAUUGACCGUAGAAUGGGUGUGUAUGGCUAUCCUAUUGAGAUUCAAGCACUCUUCUUUAUGGCAUUAAGGUGUGCUUUGAUUCUACUUAAGCAAGAUGAUGAAGGGAAGGAAUUUGUGGAGCGGCAAGCUUCAGCAAUAAUGGAUCUCAUUGAAUCUCGAUGGGAAGAAUUGGUUGGAGAAAUGCCACUGAAGAUCUGUUAUCCAGCCCUAGAAAGUCAUGAAUGGCGGAUUGUGACCGGCUGUGAUCCCAAGAAUACUAGGUGGAGCUACCACAAUGGAGGGUCUUGGCCAGGUUAG